AUGACCGCUUUUCGCAGUGUCUUUGUGCUCCUCCCCUGGGCCGUGCUCUCCGCCGCGCUCGCGGACCCCACCUCGGCCGCUGACGCGUGUCAACAAAUUGCGGCUUCAGUUUCGACCUCUUCCGGAGUCUUCUAUCCUGGUACCUUGCCAUAUCCACGCGACGUGACCCACUGGGCUUCGUCCAGCUCGCAAAAUGCGACUUGCUCUUUCGAGCCCGGAACGGCUGAGGAUCUGGGGAAAGCGCUUAAUGUGAUAUCUACGCUGCGAACACCUUUUGCAGUCAAAGGUGGUGGCCACACCACAAACCCCGGCUUUUCAUCUACCACUGGCGUUCAAAUUGCGUUGUCGCGCUUUUCGGACGUGGUCUAUGACCCGGAAUCGCAGACAGCGACCAUCGGCGCGGGUUUGACGUGGGACACUGUCUAUGCUGCUCUUGAUCCUCUCGGUGUCAAUGUCGUAGGCGCGAGAGGUCCAGGAGUUGGUGUUGCUGGUUUAUCACUUGGCGGAGGAUAUUCGUACCUCACAAAUCAGUACGGUUUGACUGUUGACACCGUGCAGGCUUAUGAGCUUGUAAUGCCUAACGGUACUGUCAAAAACGUAACGGCGCAGGACCAAGACCUUUUCUUCGGGCUGAGGGGUGGGUUCAACAACUUUGGCAUCGUAACAAGGUUCACUUUGCAGACGUUUUCGCAGGGACAGGUUUGGGGUGGUUUCAUCACCUACUCCGCCGACAAUAUCGGGCUCCUUAAUCAGGCAAUCGUUGACUUCGCGUCAAAGACGACUGAUCCGAAAGCAUCUCUUAUGAUCACAUAUGACUACUUCCUCAGUCGAAACUCGUUGGGCCCAUCGGCGCUAGUGUUCUAUGACGCGCCCACCCCGCCCUCGGGUGUUUUUGACGAAUUUCUAGCUAUCCCCUCUCUUGUCAAGAACGUUUCGACUAUGUCGUUCCCUGCACUUAUCAAAACGUCAAUGGCCAACGCCACCUACGGCAGCCGCGCGAUUUUCAACACCAUAUCAGUCCUAAACUACUCCGUUCCAUUCCUUAAUGCUGUAGUGAACGAGACCACUUUCUGGGGUGCAAGCUCGACCCUCGGCGCUGAAUUCGUGUCCUAUGUUGUAGAACCAUUCCUUCCCUCUCUAUACAAGCAUUCCUCUACCCCGUCCGCGUUCCCUCCGACACGCGCCAACGGCUUCACCCCUCUUAAAAUUUACUACUCGUGGGCCAACCAAACGUCCGACUCUGCUAUGCAUGCUGCGGUACGGGAGAGUGCCUCGACUCUCCAGAAUCUAGUGGGCGAACCUCUAGCACCACGAUACCCCAACUAUGCCAUAUUCGAUACGCCGGCGGAGAUGAUGUACGGAGACAACCUUCCGAAAUUGCGUAGUUUGCAACAGCAGGUGGAUCCUAAGCACGUCAUGGACUUGGCUGGCGGUUUUAGGUUUUGAAUUAUAAUGGACUUAGAUAUACAGUAGACUUCCUUGCAAUCCCGUCGUGUCACGGGCUUGGAAAUUCGAGUUCUGCAAU